UGUCGUUUGUCGGUCAUUCAUAAAAGCUAUGGCGUUAUCUAAAAUUGAUAUUCCCCGCACAGCCCAGCACUUUUUAGAGUGCGGCAUUGAAGACUGUGAAGGAAACUGUGAGUUCUACUGCAACCCUUGUUAUCAAAGAUUGUGUAAACAAUGCAGAGAUGAACAUCUGAAAAGACCAGAAAACAAGAACCAUGAGGUGGUCCUUUACCAACAACGCAAACGACAACUUCCUGUUGAGAAAUGCAAGAUCCAACCCACUAAAGAUGUGGACAUGCUCUGUGCAGAAUGUCAAGUUCCAGUGUGUUCCAAAUGUACUACAGAGCAAAACCAUCGAGGGCAUAUAUUUACUGAUCUAGAAACAAUUUAUGCAGAAAAAAUUGCAGUCUUUCAGGAAGAAAUUUCCAAGAUUCAUGAGUAUUUUCUCCCUACAUCACAAGAUUUACAGAAAGAAAUCAAAAAAGAUUCCUCAGAAAUCAAACACAUCAUGGACAACAUUAGAACAUCUAUGAAGACUGAAGGUGAGACCCUGAAAAGUCUGGUGGACACAGUCAUAUCUGAGAACAUGAAGCAGUUAGACCAGAUAGAGCAUUCACUGUUAGAAGAUCUAAACACCCAAGACAAGACAAUGGAUGAUUACAUCACUUAUCUAAAUAACCUUGUCAAAGAGCUCCACAUAUGCCUGUCCUCUACAGAAACCAAGAAAUUAAUGUCUGAGAAGAAACCAAAGAUCCGAUCUGUACCAGAGACAACAAAACCAGUCACACCAGGAUUUACUGCUGGUCAAUACAGCAAAAGUGAUGUCACAAAACUACUUGGUGAAAUACAUGUCCCCAACACUAGAGCAAAGAAGAGAGAAAUAAAGCCCAUUGAAAAUGUCUACAACACAGCAAUGAAACCUACACAUGAACAGAUGAAAGAAGACAGAAAGAAAUCUGACAAGAAACAAACAUUGUCUCUAUCUGCCUCUGUCACCAAAGUCAGGGAGUUCAAUGUACCAGGUGUUGAUCGUGCAUUCCAUGUAUCACUAGAUCAAUCAGACAGACUCUGGAUCAGUGACGAGUAUGGUAAUCUUCUCCAAACAGAUCUACAGGGGAAUGUGAUACAGAAGAUAGAAACCAGUGGUGGACGUGGUUACCACACAGUGACACAGGACGGGGUUCUGAUCUUUACAGACAAAAACAAGAAAGUCAUCAAUACAAUAACAAAGGAUAAUAAUAUCACCGAAUUCAUUAAAACUGGAGUCUGGAGACCACUCAGCAUACACUCCUCACACAUCAACGGGGACUUACUGGUGGGGAUGGUGACAUUAGGAGAGGCUAAAGUCACCAGGUACAAGAAGACAGGAAAAGAACUACAGAACAUACAGACGGAUAACAAAGGACAGGAACUGUAUAGUUAUCCACACUACAUCAUAGAAAACAUCAAUGGAGAUAUCUGUACAUCAGACUUUUAUAAGGAGGCAGUAGUGGUGGUGAAUAAAUCAGGACAACACAGGUUCUCUUACACAGGUCAGGAGUUAGAGUUCAGUCCCUAUGGAAUCUGCACUGAUGUCCUCGGUCACAUCCUGGUGUGUGAUAGAUUCAUUAACUCUGUUCAUCUCCUUGAUCAAGACGGUCAGUUCUUGUUACUAUUACUCACAUCACAACAAGAGGUAGAGUGUCCCCGUAUUCUGUGUGUGGAUGAUGAGAACAAUCUCUAUGUGGGACAAGUCACCAACAAACUAACAGUGUACAAGUAUUUAUAGUGAAAAAUAACAUUGCAGUUAAGUACAUGUAUUCUUUUAUACAACCAUUCUGUGUUUUUACAUGUCAUCGCACAGUUAUAAUAUUUUUCUUUGUUA